AUGGUCGGAUCGGCUCUCGCUCUGUCUCUCAUCGGCCUCGGCGCCGUGCAGGCCCUGCCCGCGAGGAAGCCCGUUGAACAGCGGCAGGUAUGGCUGCCCGGUGGCUCGGGGACCUUCACCCCCGGCGACGGCUCCCUCCCGCCCUGCCUGACGGAUCAGCCCCUCAACGAGCAGCCGCCGUGCCUCCUGCCACCCAUCGUCGGCGGGCUCAACCCACCCAAGGAGAAGCGGCAAUUGUCCAUCGGGGACGGGUCGAGCGUCUUCACCCCUGGCCAAGGCUCAAUCCCCGUCUGCCUGACAAACGUUUCCCUCAGCGAGCAACCACCAUGCAUACUGCCGCCCAUCACCGGCGGGCUCACCUUCACCCCCGGCAAGAGAUCGUUUGUCCUGCCGCCCGACGCCGCCUCGAACCCUAAGAGGGUGAUUGCAGAGUUAGAGCUGGAUCUGGAGAAGCUGCAGAAUAAACCCCACAAAUCCCAGGAGGAUCUCGAUGAUAUCGAGGCCAUCAAAGCUGCCCUUCAGUAUUUGGCUGGCAUCACCAACAUCUCUGCCCCUCCGGGCUCCGGCAGCACUUUUACUCCCGGCAAGCGCGGGUUCGUCCUGCCCCCCGACGCCAACACGAACCCAAAGAAGGUGAUUGCGGAGCUGGAGCUGGAUCUCGAGAGGCUCCAGAACAAGCCCAACAAAUCCCAGGAGGAUCUUGAGGACAUUGAGGCGAUCAAGGUCGCCCUCAAGUACCUGGCCGGCAUCAGCAACAUCUCGGCCCCCCCGGGCUCCGGCAGCACGUUCACCCCUGGCAAGCGGGCCGCGGCGUUCAACCCCGAUACCGUUGGCACGUACGCCGCCGAGUGCCCGAACCUCGACGGCGCCGAGCUCGCCCUUGAGAACCUCCUGCACAAGGCGAACCCGACCAUCGGCGAGCAGAUCAUCGAGCAGAAGCUGGUCGCCUUCCUCCGCGGCUGCGGCAUCACCAUCGUCAAGUCGCCCGAUGGCACCACGACCAUCCUCAAGCCCUCCGACAAGCGC